CGAGCUACCAGCCAGGUUAUCAGCCGAUGAUGGGGCAUGCAAGCGUGACCGUUGUCCAUCAGCCAGGAAUGGUGAUUACGCAACAGUUUAGAGAACAUCCGGUCCGCACUAAAUGUCCGGCCUGUCAGGCUGAGAUCCUUACAUCAACCUCUUACGAAACCGGAACCUUUGCUUGGGUUAUUGCCCUUGUAUUGUGCCUGUUUGGGUUGUGGCUGGGUUGUUGCCUGAUCCCUUUCUGUGUUGAUGGCUGCAAAGAUGUCGUCCACAGCUGUCCGAACUGCCGACAUACCAUCGGAAAGUUCAACCGAAUGUAAAACCAGAGUCUGACCAACACGAAAUGACCACCAAACUAGAUUUUUAAUUUUGCCUUUUCAAACAACCGCGUUUUUUUU